CCGCCUUUUCCUACGAUUCUGUUCCCGAAAAUAAUGUUGGAGCUCCUAGCCUGAAGCCCUCACAAUCUCUCUCCUCGGCCAUUCUAAUUACUACCUUUGUUUACGUUAGGUUUUGACAUUUGAAUGAUCGGGGAGUGAGGCGGUGGCGGACGGGGGAAAGAAGUCAGGUAAUAAAUGGCCGAUGAUGGAAACUCCGAGAACGAUGACGAAGAACUCGUUGAAUCAAUGGGUAAGUUGCAGGAGAUGCAGAGCGAGUUAGAGAUGAUUGACGAGGAGGAAAGAAUCAAAAUUAUGAAAGUGAAACGCAAAUACAAUGAGUUUCGCAGAGGAUUAUACGAUAGACGAAAUCACAUAAUUCAAUCCAUUUCAGGUUUUUGGGUAUCAGCGUUUCUGAAUCAUCCUGCAAUCGCUGGCAAGUUAAGCGAAGAAGAUGAGAAGAUAUUCAAGUACAUGGUUUCAUUAGAGGUUGAAGACUUCAAUGAUGAAGAUUCAGGCUACUCCAUUACAUUUAACUUCUUGCCCAACCCAUUUUUUGAAGGCACAAAGCUGACAAGGGCUUACUUUAUGCCUGAUGAUAGAACGACCAAUGUAACUAGCACAAAAAUAAUUUGGAAGGAUGGCAAGAAUAUUGAUAGUGGCUCUGCUCAGGAAAGCAAAGGCGUCAAGCGACGCAUUACUGAUCGUAGUUUCUUUAAAUGGUUUGAUGAGGAACCGAGAAUACUUACAAAUGGCGUAAUUGAUGAGAUGGCUAGGGUAAUCAGCGAAGAACUGUGGACCGAUCCUCUAAAAUAUUUAAAAAAUGAAGCUGAUGUGGAUGUCAAUGGGGAUGGUAUCGAUGAUGAUAAUGAUCAUGAUGAUAAAGAAGAUGAUGACAAAAAUUUCAAUGGGAGUGAUGGUAAUGAUGCUGAUAAUAAUCAUAAUGAUGAGAUGAUGAAGAAGAAAUAGAAGAACAAAAUGAUGAUGAAGAAGAAGAAGAAGAAGCUGGUGAAGAAGAUGAUGACUAAUCAUCCUAUAUGGCUAUAAAGUUUGAUUCCAAGCAGGAAGUGACAGAAAGCAGCUGUAACUAGCAGCCUUUUUUUUCUGUGAGACAAUGUGUUCAUUAGACUCUUCUGUUAUUAUCUUUCUUUUGAUUCAAACUAGCUUUUUAGUUCCCCAAAACAAUUUGUUUUUUCACUGGUCUCUUUUUUCUGCUUUGAUUUGUAUGACUUACAAAUGCUGGAUAUUAUUAGAGUUUCCAUUCUGCUCAAUGAAGUCUGUUUUCUGGUUAAAAAAA